CCCCCGCCCGCCGGGGCUGCGGGGCUCGUGUUCGGCGGCGGGGACAGUCAAAGUGGCUCCCAUAGGGAGAGACGGCGAGUCCGCCCGGCGCUGCGGGAGAGGGAGGGGGCACGGGGAGCCCCAGGGUCUCCCUCCGGCCGUCCGUCCGCGCCGCCGCCGCGGGUGCGCCCCUCUCGCUCCCUUCCCGGCGUGCGCCCGGCUCCGGCAACUCGCUUCCUGCGCGGCUGGAGGAGGGAGGAGAGAGGAGAGGAGCGGAGAGCGCUUCGGCUGGGAGAGGAGAGAAGAAAGAGGGAGAAAAGAAAGAAAGAAAAGAGAGAGGGGAGAAGGGGGGGGACUUGCCUCUCUUGUCACUGGAAAAUGACACUUGAUGUAGCAGAGCCUGCCGCAGCUCCCGUUCGUCCUAUUGUUUCUUAAACUGCCAUCUGAGAUUUUUUUUUUUUUUUUGCCUGCUGCCAUCCGAGGGGUGUCUUCAUACAAAAGGGACUUCAAGUACUCCUCCGGCUUGCGAGCGCUGCAACCAGCCCCCAGCACCCCGCCAGCCCCUCCGAGCACCCAAACAAACUGCACACGCAGCAAACAGCAGCAACAAAACCGGGCUCUGAUUGCCUCUGGAUUUUUUUUUUAAUGUGCGUGCCUGUGUUUUCUUUCUCCGACUUGCUUUGAUUCCAGCGAUCAGCUGCAGAGAGAGGAAAAAAAAAAAAGAAAGAAAAAAAACCACAUAUAACAGUCCGCCUGGCGAUUUUAUCACUUUUUAAAAAUUUUGAAUAAAGAAGGAAGAUUUGCGCUGUUGUUUCUGAUUCAUGUUUGGGAUUCAGGAAAGCAUCCAGCGGAGUGGGAGCAGCAUGAAGGAAGAGCCCCUCGGCGCGGGGAUGAACGCGGUGCGGACGUGGAUGCAGGGAGCCGGCGUCCUGGACGCCAGCACGGCCGCUCAGAGCGGAGUGGGUCUGGCCCGGGCUCACUUCGAGAAGCAGCCGCCUUCCAACCUGAGGAAGUCCAACUUUUUCCACUUCGUCCUGGCUCUGUACGACCGGCAGGGGCAGCCCGUGGAGAUCGAGCGCACCGCCUUCGUGGGCUUCGUGGAGAAGGAGAAGGAAGCCAACAGCGAAAAGACCAACAACGGGAUCCACUACCGCCUGCAGCUGCUCUACAGCAAUGGGAUCAGGACCGAGCAGGAUUUCUACGUGCGGCUCAUCGACUCCAUGACCAAGCAGGCAAUAGUAUAUGAAGGCCAAGACAAGAACCCAGAAAUGUGCCGAGUUCUGCUCACACAUGAAAUAAUGUGCAGCCGCUGUUGUGACAAGAAAAGCUGUGGCAACAGAAAUGAGACUCCAUCAGAUCCAGUGAUAAUUGACAGGUUCUUCUUGAAAUUUUUCCUCAAAUGUAACCAAAAUUGCCUAAAAAAUGCAGGAAACCCUCGAGACAUGCGUCGAUUCCAGGUCGUGGUGUCUACAACAGUCAAUGUUGAUGGCCAUGUGCUGGCAGUGUCAGACAAUAUGUUUGUGCACAACAAUUCCAAGCACGGGCGGAGAGCUCGAAGACUCGAUCCCUCGGAAGGUACGCCUUCUUAUCUGGAACAUGCAGCUACACCAUGUAUCAAAGCCAUCAGUCCAAGUGAAGGAUGGACUACAGGAGGUGCCACUGUCAUCAUCAUAGGAGACAAUUUCUUUGAUGGGUUACAGGUCAUAUUCGGCACCAUGCUGGUUUGGAGUGAGCUGAUUACUCCACAUGCCAUCCGUGUACAGACGCCUCCCCGACACAUCCCAGGGGUUGUAGAAGUCACAUUGUCCUACAAAUCUAAGCAGUUUUGCAAGGGAACGCCUGGAAGAUUCAUUUACACAGCUCUGAACGAACCCACCAUUGACUAUGGUUUCCAAAGGUUACAGAAGGUUAUCCCCCGGCACCCCGGUGACCCCGAACGCUUGCCAAAGGAAGUAAUACUUAAGAGGGCUGCUGAUUUAGUAGAAGCACUCUAUGGUAUGCCACAUAAUAACCAGGAGAUAAUCCUGAAGAGAGCUGCAGACAUCGCCGAAGCGCUCUACAGCGUCCCUCGCAACCACAACCAGCUCCCCGCCCUCGCCAACACCUCCGUCCACGCGGGAAUGAUGGGGGUGAACUCCUUCAGCGGCCAGCUCGCUGUCAAUGUCUCUGAAGCCUCCCAAGCCACCAACCAGGGUUUCACUCGCAACUCCAGCAGUGUGUCACCUCAUGGCUACGUGCCAAGCACCACCCCGCAGCAGACAAACUACAACUCUGUCACAACAAGCAUGAAUGGCUAUGGGAAUGCUGGAAUGUCAAAUUUAGGCGGUUCUCCAACCUUCCUGAAUGGAUCUGCUGCCAAUUCUCCCUAUGCCAUUGUGCCCUCAAGUCCGACGAUGGCCUCCUCCACUAGCCUCCCCUCCAACUGUAGCAGCUCCUCUGGGAUUUUCUCCUUCUCACCAGCCAACAUGGUCUCAGCGGUGAAACAGAAGAGCGCGUUCGCGCCUGUCGUGAGACCCCAGACCUCCCCCCCUCCCACCUGCACCAGCACCAACGGCAAUAGCCUGCAAGACCAGUCUUUUGUGGACUCUAGCAAGUACUCCACUGCAGGGUCUCUCCAGGGGCUGGCCUUCUCCUGAACUAUAUCUGGCAUGAUUGUUCCCCCCAUGUGAAAGAAUUGCCUUGAAGAAUUUUAUUAAUGAAGAGGUUGAAUUCUGCUUCAGAGAGAAUCUGAUACAAGUCCCAGAGUGGAACUUUUUACUCAGGCCUUUUUAAAAAUAAAAAAAGAAAUAAAGAAGGAUCUUACAAUAACUGCAGAUUUUUAAACAAAACAAAAAUCACCAUCCUUGCAAAUACUGAAAUUAACAAUCCACAAUUGCAAGGUGUUGAUUCGAGUUGUCCAUCCCAAAUACCUGGGAGAUAUAUUUAUUGUAUGUUGAUAAAAAAAUCCACUUUUUUUUUUUUGUUUUGUUGGGGGGUGGGGGCUUGCUUUUAUUUCCUUCUGGUUUCUUGUGGGUUUUUUUUUAAGGCUUGAUUUAACUCAACACCAUUUGUCUUUUAUAAAUCAUACAAUUACACAAGGGACACUAGAGAUGGAACUCCACAUUUUUAAUUUAUGAUUUUUUUUUAAAGCUGUGUAAAGAAGAAUAAAGUGGUGUCAUUUACAUACAAGCCUGUAUGGGACAGAAUAGAAGUGCCAGUUAGUUUUUCAUAGAAGAAUUAUGGCCAUUUAAUUAAGGGUCGGCUCAUAUAUGUUGCUUAUCCAGUGGUGACUUGCUGAUAUGAAGCAUUUUUAAUGUUCUGAUUAAACAGAUACCACUCCCUAAAAAGCUGAUCUUUUUGGAUUAUGAGGGUGGAAUGAGGGGUGGGAAUAGUAACCUCUGUCAUUAAUAUCAGGCUGAAAAAUCGUGUAAAUAGCACAACAGGAGAAGUUCAUUCCAGAACACCACGUUGGAAGGGGACCUUAAGGUCCAACUUUUCUUGGCAAAGAGCUGGUGGAAGGGAAGGGAAGGGGAGGGUGGAAAUAUCAGAAAUGUUUCCUCUGGAAGUGCAAACCCAGUGCCUGCAGAUGCAAUGCCAGACCUGCUGCAGGAGGUGAGCACAGCCCCCUCUCUUUUGGGGUGAAAUCUCCGAGCCUCCGAUCGCUCCCUUCCUCAAGCACAGCCUCCCCUGGGCUCUGCUCUGUGGCACGGGGGGCACAGCCUGGGCCAGCCUGGGGGCGCCAGCCUGGCCCCUCUCCCCCUGCCCUGCUGCUCCUGCUGGGGCAGGGGGGCUCAGCCUCAGGGGGUUUCACCCUCCCCACCCCAAACCCCUCCUGGCCCAGCUCCCACUGGCGCCGCUCCUGUAUCAGCCGACCCUCCCGCUUUGUACCACGCUCCUCCAGGACAGGGAUCUGCUUUUCAGUAGUGAAUCAUGACUUCUGGGGUGGGGCUUUCCAAUCAAAACCAUAGCUUCUGUUUUACCACGAAAAAAUUUUGCUAUCAUUAUCUGGGAAGUGUUCUUAAAAAUUAUUAGUCAAAGAGGCAGCAAAGCUCUGAAGAUGCAUUACCUGAUAUUUUUUCUUUGCUGUUGUGUUUUGUAUGUAGUUAUAAAUACUGUAGAUUUUUUGUGAUUUUUUGCCAAAGUUGUUGUUCUAUUUAUACAUUUUAAUGUCUUAAGACAGUUUUUCAAUAUCACAAAAAAGAAAAAAAAAAAGAAUUUUACUGCAUAUUUUGCAAAAAGAGCUCACUACCUUUAGCUUGCACAUACUUGCAAAUUAAUUAAAGAAAAAAAAGCUUUUUGUUUCUGUUUUUUGUUUGUUUGUUUUACGGGGGAUUUUGUAAAAUAUCCAUAUAAAUAAUGUAUUUAUCUUUGGAA